GUCAGCAGAUGGCGGUGUGCGAUUUUAAGGCAAUGCUGUUAGUGUGACGUAUAAUCUAGUGGACGGAACGCAAUGCUGUUAGUGUGACGUAUAAUCUAGUGGACGGAACGCUUCUUUCAGCAGCAGCAACAUUUAGUCAGACACCUCCGUAGCUUCCUAGCCAAAAUAGCCAAACCCAUAAAGCUCUUUAGAAGAUUUAGUGUAUAUUAGCCACUGUAUUUUAAACCCUCUUCUGUCGUCUAGUUAGUAAGUUAUCCUAUUCCAUUUCAUAUUUACGUUGUUGUAGUUAUUAUUCAGCUGGCGGGCUGGUUAAAUUAGCAUUAGCCUAGCUAGCUAACAUCUCAGACCAUGAGUUCACUAAAUUACUCUCUUCCUGCUGAAGAAGAGACGGUCUGCUGGACGGAGAAAGAAGCUCUCAUCAAAGAGGAGGAGGAAGAGAAGGAUGUUACAAUACAAAAACAAGUAGAGGGUGAGGCUGUUACAGGGAAAGAAGAGAAAGACGUUACAGUGAAAGAAGAGGCGUUCAGAGUGAAAGAGGAGGAGGGUGUUACAGUAAAAGAUGAGGAGGUUUCAGUUUUUGAAGUGAAAGCGGAGGAGGGGGAGAAUACGGUCAAAUCAGAAGAAGAGGAGGAGGAAGAGGAGACUGUUACAAUACAAAAACAAGUAGAGGGUGAGGUUGUUACCCUGAAAGAAGAAGAGAAAGACGUUUCAGUGAAAGAAGAGGAGGAGGGGGAGAUUACGGUCUCAUCGGAAGAAGAGGAUGAGGAAACUGGAUAUCUGGGCCCGAUUUCCCAAACGCAAUUUAAGGCAUCCAGUGGUUCUAAAGAUGAACUUAGCCAUAAGAUGGUUUUGAGAAACCGGGCCGUGAUUACCACUGCCCAUCCAGAAGAGAAUAAACUCUUCCCGAUCUACCUCCUCCUGCCGGCCUUCAUACAUUCUGACGUUGCUGGUAAUCGGCUACACAAGCAGUGUGCAACCUACAUUUGGAGUGCAAAUGUAUCUUACCAUUUCUACUGAUCUGGUGCCAGUUAUGAUUUUCAUAUGUUCAUUUUACUGGAACAGUUUAAUUUAAUUUAUAAUAGUAUCUCAAAAUCAUUGUCUGUGAUUAAUCUACAUUCUAUCUAAAUGAAAAUUAUACAAAUCUAAAAGUAACUUUUAUUGCCAUUGCCAACUAUGUAAAAAUAGCCUACAAAUAAAAACAUUGCAAAUAAAUGUCCUAUAAAUCGCAUGGCCUGUCUAAAACGGACUUGAAACAUUGUAUAAAAUAUUCUGGGCCCUCAGUUUCCCGUGCCUGUGAGUUCUCGACCGACACAGCUGUAGGCUAUUUGUGAAAGGGAUAAGAAGUAAUCAGGUGUUUUGACAUUUCCACUGGAUCAGAGCAUUACGUUUUUCCCUUUUGUGCCGAGUGGUUAUCGAAAGGGUGAGAGCUGGAAAUAUUUUACAAAUACUUUGAGGAGUUAUUCUCAUUUGCAAUUGAUUUUGAUUAGACUUUGUUUACUUGCUGUUUGAGGUGAAAAAACAAUUUGCUUUGAGAAGCUCCACAACUCAUUAGUGGUUCAGCGUUAAGACAAUCAGAAAUACUAUCAGACAUCCCCAAAUGGGCACAUUUAUAGAUCUACAUUUGUGCUCAGGACAGGUAGACUAGUCCUACUUCUAUAUGUGUAACCAGGUAGACUAGUCCUCCUGCUAUAUGUGU